CAGUGCUGCACAGUGCAAGGGAGAGGAUAGUGACAGCUGAGCUCCUCCACAAGCACCAGCACCUCCUCCACCAUGAAGACCAUCAUUGCUGCCUACUCUGGGAUGCUGAGAGGGACUGGAUCCAGCCUCCUCUCAGCUGUGCAGGACUUUCCGUCCAUGCCUUGGUUAUCAAAGUCUCGGGUGGAAAGACAUCUUCAGAUCAUCUCAGUCUUGCAAUGGGUCAUCAGCUUCCUCAUUAUGGGCAUUGCAUGUACAGUGAUCCUGAUCUACAUUUUCUGCACUGACUGUUGGCUGAUUGCUGCCCUGUAUGUCUCCUGGCUGGUGUUUGACUGGCACACCCCCAACAAAGGUGGCAGACGAUCCACAUGGGUCAGGAAUUGGGCAGUCUGGAGGUACUUUCGAGACUACUUCCCAAUCCGGCUUGUAAAAACGCAAAAUCUGCUUCCCAGCCGCAACUACAUCUUCGGCUAUCACCCUCAUGGUAUCAUGUGUCUGGGUGCAUUUUGUAACUUCGGCACAGAGGCCACUGGUGUGUCCAAGAAGUUCCCUGGGAUAAAGCCAUACCUUGCCACGCUAGCUGGGAACUUCCGAAUGCCAGUGUUAAGAGACUACCUGAUGUCUGGAGGAAUUUGCCCAGUGGACCGUGAUACUAUAGACUACAUCCUCUCCAAAAACGGGACAGGAAAUGCUGUGGUGAUAGUUGUCGGUGGUGCUGCAGAAUCUUUAGAAUGUCGGCCUGGGAAAAAUGUAGUGACUCUAAAGCAGAGGAAAGGAUUUGUGAAGAUUGCAUUGCAGCACGGUGCUGAUCUGGUGCCAGUCUACUCAUUUGGGGAGAAUGAAGCUUAUAAGCAGGUGGUGUUUGAAGAAGGUUCCUGGGGCCGCUGGGUACAAAGGAAGUUCCAGAAAUAUGUUGGAUUUGCCCCUUGUGUCUUCCAUGGUUGUGGCUUCUUUUCUGCGGAGAGCUGGGGUCUGGUUCCAUAUUCCAACCCAAUCACCACUGUUGUUGGAGAACCCAUUACUGUCCCCAAAAUGGAACAGCCCAACCAGAAGGAUGUGGACCUCUACCAUGGCAUGUACCUGACUUCCCUAGAGAAGCUCUUUGACAAAUACAAGACCAAGUUUGGCCUCCCAGAGUCUGAGAUUUUGGAAAUCAAUUGAAGCUUUGUCAGUCAUUGACUGCAAUAAGAUUGUGCUUCUUGGGAAGAUGUCCUCUUAUUGGGAAGCCUAUCCCAGGUUGCUUUACAUCAUUCCGCAAGGCCUGAUUGUCCUUUUUUAGACUUGACCCACAAAGCUCACAAUAUGACUACAAUUUUUAUGGUUUUACUUAUGUUGGCACUUAACCAUUGUACAUAAUGGCUGUUAUUACCAAAAUAUGUUCCAUUUUUGGUUAAAUUCAGAUUGUAUGUCAAAUUCAUAGGUAGACGUUGUGACACUUGAACGUGAUCAAGUUUGGCACAGGUUUGUCUUUGCUUGGAGCUGUAAAUGUGGGACAGUGUUCAUGUUGAACUGAUGACUGGAAUGUACUUGCUGGGUCUGUCCACUGAAAUGUAUUUUGAAUUGAUGCCAAUGGGUUAACAUGCCUACUGGGAUUCUGGCAAUGGGGUUUCUGCAUUCCUACUUGGCAAUUAUUUUCAAGAUUCAGUCACCAAUAUUUUUCCAUAUGCAGAGCAUGAAACCAGGAUAGUUGAGGCUCCUACAAUUAUUAUUGGUGAAGCAGGGAAUCCUGUCAGAAGGAUCUCCAUACCAAAACCCUGAGCUGCACAGAAAGCCAGUGGGUGGGAAGCCACCAGUCACUGAUGGUCUAGCUGGACUUGGCCUUCUAUCUCCAGUUAUAAAGUGCUGGUAGACCACAUAUGGUAAUGGUAUCAAGACGUUUUGCUGUAUCCUUUACGGUGGAGUUAUGACUCUCGUCAGCAUUGUAUAGCAGAUGUGCCUAAUGUUGGAAUCCCGAGAAGAUAUAUUUUUUUACAAAUGAGCUGGAGGUUUUUUUUUUGAGGGAGAGAAGACUUGAGCAUGCUUAUGUGGCUUUAAUGAAUUCUACAGUCUUGUUCUGGAGCUCAAACAAAGCACUUAUUUUGUAAUGGUUGGUUUGUGUGCAAAGUAUGAUGGCCCUUCUAAAGGCUUUCAAAGGGCACCUGUUGGAUAUACAUAGUUCAGAAUCAAGUCUGUAAUUGGACUAAUAUUUGUAGAGGCAAUCUGUUUCUUAACAGUAUUAAGAUACUUAUGAGGAACAAAGGACUUGGCGACUCAUGGAUAAAGCUGGUUCUUGCAAAAUCCAUGGGUAGUAUUUUGCUGUAAAACAAAAUGUCUGGCAAAUGACACCAGAUCUGAUACAUGUCUGGGGUUUUUGUUUUU